GAGAGCGUGAAACGAUAACAUGAGUUAAAUUUCAACGAUUGUUACACUACAUAUAAUACUACAUUGCAUAUGUACAGUGUCUCAGUAUAGCACAAAAGGAUUGUGUUGAGUCCACCACAUGUGAGUGCUGUUUCUGACUGAAAGUAUGAAAGCUGGAGAGCAAUUUGUUUUCACCUCUUGCUUGUUUCAAGCUGUUUUGUGUAGAGAAUUCUUGAUCAAUCUACCAGAAAGUAUAGAAGCUGUGAGAGGACUCUGUGUUUUCAUACCCUGCAGUUUUGAUUUUAAUGAACAAUAUGAAGCACAACUAUAUAUAAAUCCUGUAGGAGUCUGGUAUAAAGGUGACAAUUGGGCAAAACACAAAGUUUUUUCCUCAAAAACUUCUGAAGGCAACCAGAUUGAUGGCAAAAUCAUAGGAGACCUCAGGAGGAAGAACUGCACCACCAUCUUCUACAACGUCAAUGAAAGCGACAGUGGAGAAUAUUAUUUUAGGAUAGUGUCUGGAAAUCUGAAAUAUAUUUAUCCUUCUUCUUUUUAUUUAAAUGUCAGAGGCUCUCCAAUCAUACCCUCAAUAAGACUGUAUAAGGAGGAUCAGGGGGAGGUGGAGGACCAAAAUGAGGUGGUGGAGGGAACUUCAGUGAGGCUCAUUUGCCUUGCUCGAUCUCCAUGUCCCUUCAACCCCCCCACUUUUACAUGGAACUUCCUGCCAGAGGAUGGAACACAUGAACAAAAUCACAAUACCAGAUUUAGCUCCUCUCAGCUGAACUUCAAUGCUACUCACCUGCAUCAUGGACUUGAUUUCACCUGCAAUGUCACCUACUGGCUCCAGAACAACACCAAAUCAGUACAGAGCUUUUUUAUGCUACAUGUUUUGUAUGGUCCAAGAAACAUGUCAGUAAUAGCAUCUCCAUCUGCUUCAGUGGAUUUGGGCAGUUCAGUGUCUCUGAGUUGCAGCAGUGAUGCAAACCCAGCAGUGCAGAGCUACACCUGGUACAGAGAGAAUGGAGAGCACAUAGGAAGCGGAACCCAUCUUACCAUCAACGAGACUGUUUCUACACACAGUGGUUUAUACUACUGUAAAGCUCAAAACCAGCAAGGAGAACAGAAGGCAUCUGUCUACCUGGAUGUUCAGUAUGCUCCUCAAAUCUCUCCCUUCUCCAGCUGCAACAAUGCUCAGGAUUUGAUUAUGUGUUCCUGUGAGGUUCAUGGAAAUCCAUCUCCUAAAUUAGUGUGGCAUCUCUCUGGUCAAACUGUUCUGCCGUCGGACAGCACGUCCAUCCAAGAGGAGUCUGUGGGUGACACAGUUUUAAAAAGCUUCAUUACCAUACAUCUGUCAUUUUUAGGUACACCAACUUUGCAAUGUAUUGGUGUCAAUAAUCUGGGCAUUGAUGCCCACCUGUUUAAUCUCAGCAAAUCAGAAUGCAGACAUACUCUAGUACCCUAUCUGGUUCUAUGUCUUUCUGUGCUUCUUCUUCUCUGUGUUGGCAGUAUUAGUUUUCUCAUCUACAAAUUAAAGGAAUCAUUUGGAAAAAUAAAGGUUCUAAAGAGUGGGAAUAUUUAUGCAUCUCUCCAGCUCACUGCUCCAAACACUUAUGAGAUUGUGCAGACUCACAGAGAAAGGAGGCUAUAGGAGAACGUAGUGUGACAGGCUACACAAGCUGUAUGAAUACACAUUCAUUUGCUGGUCUAAUUAUUGUUUUCAUGUGAAUAGAGUUUACAUUUGUUGUGGACGUAGCCCAGACAAUACCCUGCCAUACUGCCAGGGGGUGUCAUUCUCACGUUCUCCACAAAGAUGCCUGUGACAUUUGUCAGAGCCAUGUCCUGUUUCUUAACUAUAAAAGCACAUGGUCUGUAAUUUCCCCACAAAGGAUUACAGUGUGCCUGUCACGUGAAAGUUCUGAGCUGUUGGUUGUCUUUAAUUUAUUUGUGCAUCAACCUGUUGCUGGCCCUGCACAGUCUGUUGGAUUGUGUUUGCUGUUAUUCAAUUGGGAAAUUUUAGACCAGUUUGAAUUUGUA